CGUCCUGGCUGUCACCGGCUCGCCCGCAGACCUCAGGUGCCGGUUUUUCAUUAGGCCGAAGCGUCCUCACCUGUUUGCCAUUGAUCCGCCCCAGCCCGCGGCUCCCGGCCGCCCGAGGGAGCUCAUCUGUGCCCGCGGCGGGGCUCCCCUGCCCCGGCCACCUCCGCCGACAGCUCACCGGGAGCGCCCGGCCACCCCCGGCUCACAGGGAUCUCGCAUACCCUGCAAGGCCAAAACCCACGGGUUUAGUAUUAACUCGGACCCACUGCGCGCGUUGUGAAUUCGCGCUCCCACCGAGAGCUGGACCGCCCCUCCCCGGAGGCUCGGGGCCGCCUCCCCUCGCAGGCCGCCGAGCGCUGCCGCCGCGGGCCCGCUCACCGUGGGGCUGCGGCACCGGGCCCAGGACCCGGCUGAACCUCGGCCCGACCCUCCCUUGCAGUGGCGCCAGCACCCUGCGACCCUCAGAGAACCGAAGACACCCCGGCCCCGCUCACCAUCCGCAGUCAGGGCACGGCGCGGCAGCCACGGCGGAACGCCGCACUGCCGGAACCGCCGCGCCGGGGGCGGGCACCAGCGGGCGCCUAUCGGGAGCGACACUACAGCGCUGCGCACAGGAUCCCUCCGCCGAGCCAUGUAGUCCCUCUGCGCCCCUCUCCCGGGGCCGUGUCCGCUCCUCCUCGUUCCUGCCCGGCCGGCGCCGCGCCGGGGCGGCAUCUGGGGGCCAGACCGGAAGAGCGCCCGCCGCGGCGGCUCGGCAGUGUCCCGGACGGGGAGCGGGGAGUGCCGGCUGUGGGGAUCCCUCCGCUCGCGGUCAGGUGCUGCCAACCAGCGCGCGCCAUUUUGGGUGACUGGGACGUGCGGAGCGGCGGGAGAAGGUGUUUAUGAUGCUGGGCUCUGGGUUCAAGGCCGAGCGCUUGCGAGUCAACCUGCGCCUUGUUAUCAAUCGCCUCAAACUGCUGGAGAAAAAGAAGACUGAGUUGGCCCAGAAGGCAAGGAAGGAGAUUGCAGAUUACCUGGCAGCUGGAAAAGAUGAGCGUGCCAGGAUUCGUGUGGAGCACAUCAUCCGUGAAGAUUACCUUGUGGAGGCCAUGGAGAUCCUGGAGCUGUACUGUGAUCUGCUGCUUGCCCGCUUUGGCUUGAUCCAGUCCAUGAAGGAGCUGGACUCUGGCCUGGCAGAGGCGGUAUCGACCCUGAUUUGGGCUGCACCACGUCUCCAGUCAGAAGUGGCUGAGCUGAAGAUUGUUGCUGACCAGCUGUGCGCCAAGUACAGCAAGGAGUACGGGAAGCUGUGCCGGACAAACCAGAUUGGGACAGUCAAUGACAGGCUGAUGCACAAGCUGAGCGUUGAGGCGCCGCCCAAGAUCUUGGUGGAGAGAUACCUCAUCGAGAUUGCUAAGAACUACAAUGUGCCCUAUGAGCCUGACUCUGUGGUGAUGGCUGAAGCCCCAGCAGGUGGAGAAGCAGAUCUAAUUGAUGUGGGGUUCACGGAUGAUGUGAAGAAGGGUGGCCAUGGAGGGGGUGGAGGUGGUGGAUUUACAGCCCCGAUGAUGGGUCAUGAUGGGUUAGUACCCAUGCCCGUGAUGAUGCCUAUGCCCAUGCCAACACCAAAUCCGCCCUUCUCCUAUCCACCUCCAAAGGGACCGGAGAACUUCAGUGGCCUGCCAGUGGGGACCUACCAGCCUUUCACUAACAUCCACCCACCACCAAUUCCGGCAAACCCACCCACAUAUGAGUCUAUUGAUGAGCCGAAUGCUGACAAGGACAUUGCUGCACCAGUGCCUGGGCCUGAGCCCAAGCCAGAAGCUUCUCCUACCAAGAGCUGGAGCUCCUAUACCUUUGAUAACUUUGUGCUGCCUGAAUUACCAUCUGUGCCAGACACGCUGCCAACGGCCUCUGCUGGCGCCAACUCCUCCGCCUCAGAAGACAUUGACUUUGAUGAUCUUUCGAGAUUUGAGGAGCUAAAGAAGAAGACAUAAACUUCCUGAGCUGCAGGAAGGAGAGGCAGGAGCUUCUCUCUGAAAAAGACUCUCCUUGAAAUUGGUUUCCUGUAUUAACCUCAAAUGAACACACUCUCCUUUUGAGCUCUCUUCCUGCUAUACUUACACCAAAUGCU